CCGAGCGAUAGUAGUGCCGCAUCAGAUAUUGCUGCGCAAGGUAUUUCUCGCGACCGAAUCUGCGCGUAUUUAUUAUUUUUAAAGGAUUUUCUUCUAUCAACUACUUGACAGCUGCCGACCGCAGCGAGACAGGCAUGAGGACUUUUUGGACCAUCGUUCUUUGCGUCAUCACCGUGAUCGCUGCGGUGCACGCCAAGCCAACGAUUUACAAAAAGAAUCAAGAUAAUGUAUUCGAACCAGUAAUGGUACCUGUUUCAUCCACGGUAAUUCCAUUACCCGUGUACAAAGUGGGCUAUGGCUUAGGUUUCGUAUCGAAAGAUAAGAAGACCCAAUUAUCGUCAUUCAAACCAGAAGGUGGCAUAAAAUUGAUUACAAUCAGCAAAGUACAAGAAAAGAAGAUCUAAUGUAAAUAUUCUAAAUUAUCUCAAAUAAUAUUGAAUCACAUCUUCAGAGAACUUCACGUUGGAAACUUAUGCGUUUUGUUAUUAAUCAUACUUUCUUAUGCACCUGUUGUUGUUAAGUUAUCUAAUUAAGCUCUAUACACCAAAAAAUGGACCUCCAUGUUAAUCUUUAAUUAUUUUAUCAUCGAAAAUAUGUAUUAUCUCUAAGAUAUUAAAUCAAAACUAGGCAAUUACACAUUGUAUGUACGAAGUUGUUUACACAUCUAUCUUACCGAUUAUGACCUAAGAUGUUUUAAAGAUGUUUUAUUUAAGAGAUAGAGGAUA